AGAAAGCUGAUACGUGCCAUAAUCUGGAUACACUCUGAGUCCUCCCCCCACAAUGCUGUAUGUGCACCAUGGUUAUUAGGCAAUCCACCUAUCAGGAGAAGGGACAUUCUUCCGUAAGGCUGAUCCCUGUGACCUAAUGCAUCCUUUGUAAAAAGCGGACUCAGCUAGGAUGUUACACCACCAUUGUCGAAGGAACCCUGAGCUCCAGGAAGAGUUACAGAUUCAGGCUGCAGUGGCUGCCGGCGAUGUGCACACAGUGCGAAAGAUGUUAGAACAAGGCUACUCUCCAAAUGGCCGGGAUGCUAAUGGCUGGACCCUGCUCCAUUUCUCUGCAGCAAGAGGAAAGGAAAGAUGUGUCCGUGUAUUUCUAGAACACGGAGCGGAUCCCACGGUGAAGGACUUAAUCGGAGGCUUCACUGCCCUUCACUAUGCAGCCAUGCACGGCCGAGCCCGGAUUGCACGCUUGAUGUUAGAGUCUGAAUACAGGAGCGACAUCAUUAAUGCAAAAAGCAACGACGGCUGGACACCCCUCCAUGUGGCUGCUCACUACGGGAGGGACUCGUUUGUCCGACUCCUCCUGGAGUUCAAGGCCGAGGUCGACCCGCUCAGCGACAAAGGUACCACGCCGCUUCAGCUCGCCAUCAUCCGGGAGAGGUCAAGUUGCGUGAAAAUCCUCCUGGAUCAUAAUGCCAACAUCGACAUCCAGAACGGCUUCCUGUUACGAUACGCCGUGAUCAAAAGCAAUCACUCUUACUGCCGCAUGUUCCUUCAGAGGGGAGCAGACACAAACUUGGGGCGCCUAGAAGACGGACAGACUCCCUUACAUUUGUCUGCCCUUAGGGAUGAUGUGCUGUGUGCACGGAUGUUAUAUAAUUACGGAGCAGACACGAACACACGGAACUAUGAGGGACAGACCCCAUUGGCUGUUUCACUAAGUAUUUCCGGAAGUAGUCGACCGUGUUUGGAUUUCUUACAAGAAGUCACAAGACAGCCCAGAAACUUGCAGGACCUGUGCCGAAUUAAAAUUCGACAGUGUAUAGGCCUUCAAAACUUAAAGCUACUUGACGAACUACCGAUUGCCAAGGUCAUAAAAGACUACUUAAAACACAAAUUUGAUGAUAUCUAAUGUACACAGAACUGUGAGCAAGAUGAGGAGCUCUGUUCCAGAUUCUUCGAAGGCUCUGGGCCUUGCACAAAAGUAUAUCCUAUGCAAUUUCUGAUUUGCUGUGAAGUCAGAAAGCAGGUAUACACUUUAGGUUUAUUUUUGUUUGUUUGUUUGGUUUUCAUUGUAGGGGAGGGUUUUUUAUAUAUAUAAACACACACACACACACACACACACACACACACACACACACACACACACACACACCACAUGCUCGAAGGUCUUAAUUUGGUUUCUUGGUCCAGGUUUAAGAGGUCCAAGCUUUCUAUACAAUAUUGCAUUUACAAAAAAAUGGGUUUUUUCUAAAUGAUGCAAGCAGGUUUGGAAUGGAGAAUUUAGCCUUUUUAAAAUGGUUUCUUGGGCGUGCAGGAUAAUAUAAAUCCAGCAGAGCACGUGUCAAAGUUUAGAGGCAUAGCUUCACCCAGGGGGGUCCUGGGUUCUAUUGGAAUGUUCCCUAAGGAAUUUUUAAAGUGAUGCUGUCACCUCAUUCAUUUUUAAUGACUACAAAUUGGCUCUUUCAAACUGUUCUUUUCCUAAUUACUGUAGCUUUCGGGUGACAUAAAUCCGGUACCUCUUGCUCUCCUGUUGGUGUGCUCUUGUUUUUAACUUAUUUUUUUUUAACAACCAUAGUACACUACCCAGAGACACUGGGUGUCAACGUCUGUCUCGUUGAAUUGUGCUUUAAAAAAAAAAUGAAUGAGAAAGAAAAUAACUUUAUGAAGCCAGUGUAUUCUGUUUUUAUAACAGUGCCUCCAGUGCAAUAGUCCUGUCUUGGUGGAUUUCAUCCAUUAUCUCACUUGAUGGUCCUCAUUCCACAGCCAGCUUUGACCGUCAGAACUGCCACUUUAAUUUUAACUGCAGAACCCUAGGGUGUCAGUUGCAAUUUCCAUUUUAGCUUUGUCCUUUCCUUCACUUGAUGCAGAAAAUCUCAUAUCCUGGUGGUAGCGUAUUCCCUAAAAACAGCCCCCAAAUAUUGUCAAACCAGUUGGCUUUAAAUGAUUAAACAAUUUGGAGUGGUUU